GGCUGUGUGGAAGACAAGAGUAUUAAGGUGUGUUCCUCGCCUGGAUGGAUAAUAAAAUUCAGGUUUGUCAAUUGCCUCACUUUCUGAGGCUUCGCGUUAGGACUCGCGGUCUUAAAUUUACAUUGUAAGAUAACUUUUAUUGUUUUGGUUUUUUUUACUGCGACCACACGGACCCACAUUAAAAAUGAAAUUCUGUUGCCUGCUCUCCAGAGAAAGCGUAUAUCUUACCCAAAAGUAGGCGAAGAUACUACGUGGCUGCGUUCAGUUUUUUAUGACAACGAUAACCAGAGUUGCUGUGUUGCUACACUGGAGUUGCUUGACCUCUUGGGAUUUUCCCCUAUUAGGUAGCAAGAAGGAUGUUUGAAAAUAUCAAAUCUUGGGCUGAGUAUGUUGUGGAAUGGGCUGCAAAAGAUCCAUAUGGAUUCCUUACAACAGUGAUCCUUGCUCUAACACCUCUAUUCUUGGCAAGUGCGGUGCUGUCGUGGAAACUGGCAAAAAUGAUUGAAGCUAAGGAACGGGAACAAAAAAAGAAACAAAAACGCCAAGAAAACAUUACAAAAGCUAAACGAACAAAGAAGGACUAAGACUUCAAUUUCACUGGGCCAAAUUUUUCUGGCAAUGCACUGUUACUGUAUGUGUACCUUUUUUUGUUGUAUCCUUACAGAAAUGAGACAUGACAGAUUUUUUCCUGGAAUAAUGUAUCCUUAAUUUGUGCUAUUAAACUUCUGUAGUCAUGAACUUUAAUUGCUUUUUUAAGAACUCUGAUUUUUUUUCUAACCUGGGAUAUAAGCAAAAUAUAAGUUUAUAAUACAUGUGUAAUAAUUAUAUAGAUAUGAAUUAUUAUUUUCAUUACAAUCUGUCUUAUGAUUUUAUACCAUGGAAAAUAAUUGUUUAAUAAUUUGCAUAUUAUUUUGUUGUAUUGUAAAAUUUCCCUACAUUGUGAAGAAUCCCAAUUUCAUACUGAAAACCAGUAUUUUCACUAUUUCCCCGCAUAAUGGUUUGUAAGAACCAGAUUGUCUCAAAUUAUACAAUCCAUGAUAGCUUAAAUUAUCAUUCGAGAGAUUCUCCUUGUUAAAUGUAAAUGAUAGCAACCUUAUCUACAAUGUGCUUGGGGAAAAAAGAACAUAAAAUAUGAUUAGUGGAAUAGUCUGUGGAUAAGCCAUAGCUGUUGGAUAAUAGUUUCUUAUUUGUGUUGCAGUAUAUUCUUGGUGGCAACACUCUGAGCACAAAGCAAUAGUGAAUGUUUCCAGCUGAAUGUAGACAACCACUAAGUUUGGUAACAACCAGAAUCAAUGGUUACAAAUGCUCUCACAUGUUUAUUAGUUCAGCUAAAGCAGACUGAAGGCAAAUUUUAGGAAUCUUGGCCAGUUCAGGCCAAAUGACAAGCAUCAUUCUCCCUGUAGCAAGCCUCUUUGGCUGCUGUCACAAAGUUGCUAUAGAGGCGCCCUGAAAUUCCUUUUAUAUAUUUCUAGUCAAGCCUUCCUGUUUCAACUCUUCAAAAACCAAGGCUUCUUAGGAUCAUCUUUGAAAAUCUUGUACCAUUUUGAAGCCUAUUUACAUCUAGUUAACUUAUAACAUAAAAGAGGUAUCUUACCUAUAACAUUGGUUUGGUGAAAUUAUGACUACUAAACCAACAUUGGUUUACUGAUCUAAAAAUAAAGUUAGGGAUUAUGUACCCUGUUUCCCCCAAAAUAAGACCUCCUCUGAUAAUAAGCCCAAUCGGGCUUUUGCGCGCAUGGCAAUAAGGCCAAGCGCUUAUUUCAGGGUUCAAAAAAAUAUAAGACGGUCUUAUUUUCAGGAAAACACUGUAGUAAGAUAGAAAGCUAAUAAUUCAUCUAGUAGUGACUGCAUCUCCUGAUGCAAAGGACGCCAAGCACAAAUAUGCAUUUUAAACAAAAUGUAUAGGACAUUUAAAUAUGCUCAUGAUUGCACAUUGUUACUGAUUUGUUAAGCUAUGAAACAUUAAAUUUCUACUUUAAAUAAACAA